CCAAACCCGGCCCCGUUUAUCUCCCCGCCUCUUCGUGUCCGGCCAGGCAGAUCCGCGGCGGGGCCGGGAUGGGAAGGGCUAAGAGGGGCGCCCCGUAGUGCAGCCCGCGCUCUCCAGGUGAGAACUGGGCAGCGGGCAAAGGAAGAAGGGAGUGGUGUCUAGCGGUUAGAGCAGAGGCUGCGGCUUAGCCAGGAAGACUCAUUGAGCCCCCAAAGCCACCACUGGGGGGAGGGGAAGGCAGAAAAAGAAAGCGCCCCCCCCCCAGCCUGCCUGUUAUGGAAUGAGGAGGUGCAACUCUGCCCCAGUUUAGCGAUCCGGACUUGGGGCGCUCAGUUCUCCAGGAGCUACGCUAGGUUUUAUGGAGCUUGGGUGGGGUGGGUGGUAGCAGCGUGCCUUUCUCAGGGUGGCGGGUGGGGUCUCUCUUCCCUUGGGUGACAUCAUUUCCCUUGCUGAUAGGCGGCUGGGUGGGGAGUAGGCUUUCAGGGACCAGAAUCUAUUGCUAAAGUCCAAGGUGUGUCUGGAGCAGGAAGAGAGCGCCUCUGAGGUUGUGCAGAGUGCCUUUGCCUCGCUAUCCUGUAGCUGCCAGCGACAACUGCACUUCCAGUUUGGGGGACUAAGGAGAAGGGGGCGAGCGGGGGUAGCGGGUGGCUUCUGGAGGCGCUUGACCCCUAAUCACCCUUCCCCUACUUUAAAUUUGAUGAAAAUGGGAAUGGAUAAUGGGACUGAUAGAUCAGAAGAAGGGAACCUGUCCCCACCCCGGUCAAAAAGCUGCAGGGCACUUUGGGGUCUAUAUUCCCCCCAACACACACACCCUCCACACAGGAAGCCUGCUUUAUACUGAAUCCAAAGCUCAGCCCAUCUAGCUCUAUGUGGUCUAUUAUGGGGGUGGUAGGAGGGGGCUGUCCUCCCCCCCCCCCAGAAUAUCAGGUACCAUUUCCCACCUAGCUUUGUAUAUAUCUAUUGUAUUUUAGGGUUCAGUCUCCAGAUUGGGCUCCCAGCUGAAACCCUGGAAUGUAGCUGCCAGUCAGUGUCAACUGUACUGGCCUAGGUGGAACAAUGGUCUGACUUGGUAUAAAGUAGUUUUCUGUGAGCCUAUGCCCGGGAUUGAGCUUGGGAUAAUUCUGCAUGUGAUGCAUGUGUGAUGAUGGCCACUAAGCAAAUGGCCUUCCGCUAAAAAGAAACCAAGGCCCCAGUCCUCAUGGUCCAGAAUGAAGGGCUGAUUUCUAUAGGACAGAGGAAUCUGCCUUAGACUGAGCCAGACCCUUGGUACAUCUAGGCCAGUGUUGUCUGCACUGACUGACAGUGGCUCUUCAGGGUUUCAGGAAGGGAAAAUUUCCCAGCCCUCCCUAGAAGAAGCUGUUGGGCAUGGACCCUGGGGCCCUUCUGCAUGCAAACCAGGCAAGGAGUUUAAAUCAGCACCCUGUUCAGAACACUGAGGACUAGCAUCCUCAUCGGUUUUGUAUGCCAGUAAGCCUGGGCUCAGGGACACGGAUGGCGCUGUGGGUUAAACCACAGAGCCUAGCACUUGCCGACCAGAAGGUCAGCGGUUCAAAUCCCCGCGACGGGGUGAGCUCCCGUUGCUUGGUUCCUGCUCCUGCCAACAUAGCAGUUCGAAAGCACGUCAAAGUGCAAGUAGAUAAAUAGGUACCACUCCGGCGGAAAGGUCAAUGGUGUUUCCGUGCGCUGCUCUGGUUCGCCAGAAGCGGCUUAGUCAUGCUGGCCACAUGACCCGGAAGCUGUACGCCGGCUCCCUCGGCCAAUAAAGCGAGAUGAGCGCCACAACCCCAGAGUCGGCCACGACUUGACCUAAUGGUCAGGGGUCCCUUUACCUUUAAGCCUGAGCUCUACUUCCCAGCUACAGCCCCAUCCUCAAAGGUGGUAUGGUGCAAGUCAUGUUGCUUUUUUAAAACCAAAAAAAGUGCUCAAAUGGGGUUGGGGGUGCGGUGAGACCGAUAUCCCAUAAUGAAGUUCAUGAGCAUUGCUUCCUGAACCCACUUCCCAAUUUCCCACCAAAUGUCAGCCCCGGGAGCCAAGUUUUUUUUUAAUUAGUAUUUUAAUAGAAGCAUUUUGUUUAUAAGAAGACAGAGUGGAAAAAAGGAAAAAAAGAAAAGAAAAAAUCUGAAUGAGAAUGAAAAAGUGGAAAAAAUACUCAGCUACAUUUCCAUACAUUAGUAUACAGACAUAUAUAAACUUAUUGUCCUAAUACACACAUCGUUAUCAAUAACCUAAUACAUUCUGCGUAAACUCAUUCCAAAUGUCAUUUGGAUUUAUCCAAAGAAAGUCUGUGUCUAUAAGCUUUCUGUUCAUAUGUUACCAAUAUUGCCACAAUUAAGGGGAACUGUAUCUCUCUUCCUCCAGUACAUCAACAUCAGUCUCUUGGUCACCAUUAGGGCUGUCCCUAUUUUUGCUGUCCCAUUGUCAAUUUCCAUGCAAUGGGCAUAUAGUUCAAAAGAAUAUUCACCUCUGAAAAUUUUGAUAAUUUUUUUCUGUAGUGUCUUGUUUAUAUAGUCCACAUUUCCCCUCAAAUUUUAGUAAGUGUGGGACAUAGUAAAAGCAGGAGCUAAAUAGUCUUCUACCUGUAAUUCAAGCAUUGCUGGGAGGAGCAAUCCUAUACAGUGGAAGCUUGGGUUGCGAACGUGAUCCGUGCGGGACGCACGUUCGCAACCUGCAGCGGCGCGUCUGUGCACACGUGGGUUGCAAUUUGGCACUUCUGCGCAUGCGCAACCACCAAAACUUGGAAGUAACCCAUUCCGGUACUUCAAGGUUUCGGUGGGUCUGUAACCUGAAAAAACCUGAAGCAUCUGUAACCCGAGGUAUGACUGUACUUGCCAGGAAAUACAUCCCUCCUCCCUCCCCCCCGCGAAAAAAACCCUCCCGCAAGUCUCUGGAAACUACUAGUGUCCACCAAUAAAGGACUUUGCCAGAAUGCCCAUGUGCUGCCCUUAGAGAGGGAGCCUGUGAACUCACUAGCCCAGGGGUCUGCAACCUUUAAGACAAAAAGAGCCACUUGGACCCGUUUCCGAAGGAAAAAAACAACUGGGAGCCGCAAAACCAUUGCGACAUUUAAAGCAUGCGCACCACUGCCCUCCGAUCUGACAGUGGGCGGGAAGGUGACGUUGGGACGGUGCGUGACUAACGCACGCACCGCCCCCAUGUGACGUCACAGCCAGUACAGCGCCCGCCACAGUGGGGAGUGUCGGGGCGCACAAUGCGCCUCCUCCCCUCGCUAGUAUCCGCCCCGGAGCUGCGGCAAAGGUGUAAAAGAGCCACAUGCGGCUCCGGAGCCGCGGGUUGCAGACCCCUGCACUAGCCAAUGAACUAGUAGCCAUUGAUAAGACCUCUCUUCCAUGAAUUGAUAAGACCUCUCUUCCACAUUUUCCAUAGUUCAACUUUGCACUGCGCGAAGUACUUUCUUUUAUCCAUCCUAGCUCUUGCAAUGUUCAGCUUCAAUGGAUGUCCAGGAUUUGUUAUGGGGGAGAGAAGCUUUUCUCCAUGGUCUACUUCCUCCAUGCCAUGCCAUGCAUAAUUUUUUAUAAACUUUCAUCAAACUCUUACUUACCUUUUCUCUGAACGAAAAAGUCCCCAACACUGCAUAGGAAACUCGCUCCACACACACACACCCCGCCUCGAUUAUGCUGUUGCCCUUUCCUGGACCUCUUCCAACUGUGCGAUACCCGUUUUGAGGCGAGGCGACCAGAGCAUAACUUGGAUGGUCACACAAGCUGCUUUUCUUGCCCUUCCAGCUUUCCCUGCUCCAGUAACACACACUCUUUGUUUCCUUACAGAAAGCUGUGGAUGAAGCCAUGCCUGAGUAGCAUCACUUCCAGCUCAUCUCAGCAGACAACCUUCCCCCGCGGACUCCAGUGGGGCCUAACCAUCCUCAUGGAAGGCUAUCACAGCCUGGAAUGCAUCCCUCCUCCACCUGCUGCCACUGAACCAGACCACUGGGAGGCCCCCAAUACGCCUCUGGGCCCCCCCUCAGAAUCAGAAGCCUCGGUGUGCGGCAGGGGAAGGGAUGCCCCCCAAGGGAGGGCGGAAUUGCCACCCUUGGGUGCCUCCCCCAGCAGCAAUGGCCUGCAAGGGCCGCCAGCCACGCCUCCCUGUGAGGUUGCCGGAGCGGGGCCCAGCCAGAAGCCCCUUCCUGGAAGCCAGGAAGCCCCCGUCCCUCUUGACCGUUCUGUCUCGGGCUCAUCGACCUGUUCCUCGCUGGGAGGGUCCUCCCAGGAGUCGGAUGACGUCUUCAGCGAUGCCGAAGAGAGGAGCCCCCUGGGGAAGAAGCGGGUGCUGCGGAAGGUGAGGUGAGGGAGGGGGCAGUUGGGGGUAAAGGCAGCAUGGGAGGGAGGGGAAUCGUGCCCCCCACAAGGAGGCAGAGAGCCCCGCCUCAAGGCCCAGCAAUUUCAGAGCAGUCAAUGGACUGGCUUGCUAGAACUUGAGAGGGAAAUGUCCUUCUCAGCCCUAAGCCUGGGGCCUUCUACAUGCAAAGCAGGGGCUGUAUCACUGAGCCCAUGCCAAAGUAAGAUUUUACCUUAAGUUUUAUGCUGGUUUAAAUAGAUGUCAUUUUUUAUUGUAUUUUGCUUUAAGUUAUUUUUUGUAAAAAAAAGAAGUCGCUAAUAAUAAUAAUACUGGGAUUUGUGUGGCUAGCUGGAAAGCUAAAUGCAUACCCUCCUACAUUUCUCCGAUGAAAAUUGGGACAUUCUAUUCCAUAAUAAUAAUAAUAAUAAUAAUUUUGCUAUUUAUACCCUGACUGGGUUGCUUUAUUAUAAACUUAAUUUAAAAAUAGGGACACUUGGAGGGUCUGUAAAUGGCGGCAUAAUUCUGUGUCUCCCAUCGCCCCGGGACAAAAAUGAAGCAGUGUGGAUCCUAUUGACAUAUAAACAAAAAGUAUUAUACAGCCUCACCAGGGAAUACAGGAACCAAAAAGCAAAUCUGCAAGGUUAGAUCUUCAGCAAGAAAUAGAUGGAGCUCUGUCUGAGGCUUCAGAAGAGGCCUCAAAUACUGACAUGACCAAAGGCAAUAUGAAGGUCCCCAAAGGCGGGAAAGUAUCUGCCAUAAUGGAGGCGGACAGAGACUCGGAUGAGUAUAUUAAUAAUAACAGCAACACUUUUCAGGACCAACCUGGCAUUUAAGAACAGCAGAGCAGACUAGGGUGGGUGGGUGCUGACUGGCCUGGUCACCCAAGAUCCAACGGCUGACGGGGGUUGUGCAAUGGCCUUGAUGCAUCCAGUGCCUCUUCUCUUAACCUGACCUGACUGAACUCAUUGCCAGAUCUCCCCACUAGCUAUCACUGCCCGGGCACAUUGCUACUCCACAUGCUCCAAAAUGAGGAAACGUUUCCCACUGUGUCCUCCCAAGAUCUUAGUAUAGGGGUCAGCAAAGUGCAGUGCUGCUCUAUAAAAUGCAGGAAGGUUGUCGUCAUCCAUAAUAUUGCUGAUAUGAAAAGAAAAACAGUGUAGGAGGCAUGAAAAGGAUGAAGCACAAAGGCAUGUCGCAGGACUUCCAGGCACGACUGCAGAUGAGUCAGAGCUACAGUCAGCUUGAAAAAGCGGUUCCAUAGCAAACUUCCUCUCUGCUGGUGCAGAGCAUAGGGUUGGAGCCUUUCGCCCUGAUUGCAUUCACAGCCUCCGUCCUACAACCCCUCCCCCCACAGCUGGUGCACCAGGUAGUUUUUAAAUGUGGGCCUCAUCUUUCACACCCGGCACCCUUCACCUCGGACCACCCCACCUUGGUUCUCAUCCAGGGGACUUUUGCUCCUUCUCCUCUUUACCUUCCCGACUCUUGUACCAAAUUUGGGGCAGCACCGUCCCGUUUCUGUCUUAACUUCACUCACUCAUCCCUGCUAACAGGGCUGUGGCAUCAAGGAGAGCUUUAGAAUUACGAAAUUGUUUAUAUAUAUGGCUUGGGCUCAGGCAGCCUGAAGGGUCACAUCUCCCUGUACAAACCUGCCCAGGUGCUGAGAGCCUUGAGUGAGCACCUUCUCUUGGUCUCUUCAACAUCAGUUGGUGGUGACCCAAGACAGAGAGACAGAGACUUUUCUGCAGCUGCUCCCUAAUUGUGGGAUUCCCUCUCAGAAGAGGUUGGACUGGCUCCCUCCUUGUCUUCCUUCCGCUGGCAGACUAAAACCAUUUUAUUCAGACAGGCCUGUGAAAACGUAAGUUGCAGGCUUGACUGAUCACUGGGCUGCUGUCAGGACAAACUGCAUUUUAAUUUCUGGUUCUAAAUGUUUUCUGGUAUUUUGAUGGUUGCUUUUAACUAGUUUUUAUUGCUGUGCUUUUAAUUAUUGACGUGUUCGAACACUGUAAGCCGCCUUGAAUCCCACCUUGGGAGGAAGGAAGGAAGGAGGAAUAUAAUCAGAUUGAAGAAGAGUAAUAUUCAUUUAUUAAGCCUGUGCGUGUGAAGAGGGGAGCACCCUUGCAAGAGGACCGCAAGAGGACCUUUGCUUUGUGGUCCUGGAUCAUUAGAGAUCCCUGGCCAGAGAUCUUGCAUUUCCAGGGAUUCUGCUGCAAGGAGGAUCAGGGCCUCCCUCUGGCGGGUGUCAAAUCCCCAUCAGAGCCAAGUCAGGCUGACCUGAGGAUUCCCUCAGCAAAUGUGCAAGCUGAGAGGCCUGGCUGGAGGGGGCCGGAAAGCAUGACUGUGCUGGGGUGAGCCUCCAGCCGAAGGCAGAGGACCAUCCUCUACAAACUCACAGCCCUGGGCAGGAUGUUGUGGUUCCGCUGCCAGCCCAGCUGGCUUGCUCUUGUGCAGGUCGAAAAAGCUCUUCUGGUGCAACAGCAGCAGAGGCCUCAGCAGGGUUCUGUGGUGGUUGCCGUGCAGAGCAGUUGGGUGUGCGAGGCGAGCUGUUUGCACGUGCCACGAGCUCAGGCGCCCUUCCUCCUUGCACAACCGGCCCCGUGCAAGCCGGAGCACACCUCUCUCCUUGCACAGCAGCAGCUCUGCCGAGAUUUCCCCCGUUGCUAAGCAAAUUGCUCUCUCCCCCGACAAAGGCCUUUCCCUUCCUCUUUUCAACGCUGAGUCCUCCGGCUGCUUCCUCCAAGACGGGUUUCCUCUGGCUGUGGUUAGAAAUGCUGAUGAAUGAACUGGAGGGAAGAAAGGGGGAGGGGAGACUUGACAAGCCUCCUCCUCUGCUUGGCAGGCCUCUUCUCUCUCAGCUUGUCUUUGCUGGGUCCCAGGAAAAAUACCUCUUCUCUGCCUCUCUUGUUUCCUGGGCUGCGUCUCAGGGCCAGUCCAGAGCAGGUCCAGCGUCAGGGUUCAGCCUUGUUGGCUUCUAGGCUUGCAGGUGGUGCUGAAUGAACUAUGGGGUGGGGCAGGGGAGUGUGAUGAAGGCUCCCCCCCCCCCACCAAUGGCAUGGCUUCGCUGAGGCUGGGUUAACCUUGGUCCAGUUUCUGUCUCCCAGCCUAACCUACUUCGCAGGUUGUUGUGGGAAUUAAACAAGGACUCAGGCCUGGGAGGGUUCAAAUCCCCGCUUGGCCACGAGGCUCACGGGUGACCUUGGGCCAGUCACUGCCUCUCAGCAGUGACCUCGCAGGGUUGUUGUCGGGGAUGAAUGUUGGGAGGGGGAGAACAAUGCACACCACUUUGAGCUCCUCGUAGGGGGGAAAAGCUGGGAUAGAAAUGCAACAAGUAAUUAAAUGAUUCCUGGACGUUUUCCAAAGCCUGGAAAUGUGAGGUUCCCUGGCUUCUGAACUGCUGCUACCUGUGGGGACGUGGGCUGCACAGACCCCCAAAUGUUGGGGAAGGACCUUUGCACACGGAGAGUCCUAUGGCCAGUCCCUGCUAGCAGGUAGGGCUGAGCCUGUCCCUGCCUGAGACCCCAGCAGUUGCUCUGCCCAUCAGUAGAAACAGUCCUGAGCUAAAGGAAGGAGUGGUCUGACUUGGUGUCUCGGGGUGAGGCAGGAUCCUACGUCAAGGAGAGACUGUAGCUCAGUGGACAGGGCACCUGCUUGGCCUGCAGAAGGUCCCAGGUUCAAUGCCCCCUGACAUCUCCGGGUAGGGUUAGGAACAUAGGUAGAGCAGAGAGCCGCACUGGUUGUUCAUUUGCUAACUGGCCAUGUUCAAUGUGUUUCUAGGGGCCUCGUGCUCUGCCAGCUGAGCUGUGUGUUGUGGGGUAGAGAACCACAGGAUUGUAGAGUUGGAAGGGGCCCUGAGGAUCAUCUACUCCAACCCCCUGCAAUGCAGGAAUAUGCAGCAGUGGUUUUCAACCAGUGUUCAAGGCAACCCUGGGGUGCCUUGAAUGAUGCUCAAGGGGUGCCACGGGCAACACUGGCCUCUGUCCCUCUUUCCUUCCCUCCCUCCUUUCAUGCCCUCUCUCGUCUCUGCCUCCCAAAGGCUUGCACAGCUGUUUGUCUGCAGCUCUGGCUAUAAGCUCCCCAGGCGAAUGGUGUUCAGAGACCAGGGAUGGCAGCAGCAGCUGCCUGGAGGACUCCCAAGGAGAGGGGAGAGGAGAGGAGGCUGAGGGAACCCUCCACAAGGGAGGGUGUUUGAAAAAGAGUGAGAGGCUGCCCGCUCUGCAGUCAAGGGGUGACAUAACUGAGCUCCUGAGCCCCACGGGGGUGCCGCAGGAAGAAUGUAGUUGGCUAAGGGAGCUGCGUGGACUCAAAAAGGUUGAAAACCUCUGUCUUAUGGGUAUCGAACCUGCAACCUUGUCAUUAUCAGCACCACAUUCUAACCAACUGAGAUUCGUUUUUUGUUCUUGUUUUUCUUAAUGUCUUUUGUGUUCUCAUUUUGUAUUAUUACAUUGUUAACUGCCCUGUGAUCUUCAGGUGAACAGUGGUAUACAAAUUUAAUAAAUAAUAAUAGUAAUCGGUUUACCUACAAGACUGCCUGACUCCAUAUGCGCCCACUCGACUCCUUCAAUCUGCAGAACUGGCUCUGUUACAGGGGCCACAUAAUACCUAUUCUGCAGUGGUAAGAAUUCAAUCUUCUAGUGAGGCAGGACCUACACUUUGGAACUCCCUGCUGAUUGAGAUCAGGGAGGUGCCUUCACUAUACUCUUUUCGGUGUCUUCUAAAAAUUUUUUGUAUAGGCAAGCCUACUCAGAUGUUUAGAAAGCUGAUGUGAAUUUUAACCUAUUGUUAUUUAAGUCUUCUUGUUAAUUUUGGUGAUCGUUUUGCUGUUUUAUCUUUUUUUCGUAAACCGCUUUGCGGUUCUCUACAAUCAAGAGGUGCGUACAUUUUAUGAAGUAAAUUAAGAAGUAAAUAAAUAUAAAGCCCCCCGCCUGACACCCUGGAUCUGUGCAACCUCCUAUCUUCUCCCAUCAUCUUGUAACGGUCCCUGUCUUGGAAUAUUUCCUAGACCAAGUCCUGGAAGACGUUCUUCACGAUGGUGCACUGGUCCUUGCGGAGACGCAGCUCUUGGGUCCAGCUGGCCGGCCACGAAGGUACCACUACAGGACCGGCGGGCGGGGCGUGUUGCAAGCCAGGAAUGGAGGUGGCCAAGGCAGCAGCUGCAAAGGAAUCAGGGCCUGGGGGAUCUCCCCCACUGCAGCUUAGAAGAAGCCACUGGAUCCGAGGAUGCAGCGGGCAGCCCUUUCCCUUCUCCGCAGUUUAUUUCUGCCUCCCCAGGACCACAAGCCAGGGCUUCCGUGGGGCUCUUGGGCAAGCUUAAGCACUAUGUCUCAGUUUCACCAACUUGGAUGGGUUUUAAAGAGGACGGGGCAAAUUCAUGGAGGUAUAGAACCUAAGCAGAGCCCUGCUGGAUGAAACCAAGGGCCCACCUUUAGUCCAGCCUCCUGUUCUCACAGUGGCCAACCAGAUGCUUGUGGGAAACCUACAAGCAGGACCCGAACACAAGAGCCCUCUCCCCUCCGGUGGCUUCCAGCAACUGGUGUUCAGAAGCAUUUACUGUCUCCGCCUGUAGAGGCAGAUACUCCUCUCCUCCAUGAAUUCAUCCAGUCCUUUUUCAAAGCCGUCUAGGCUGGCGGUCACAGCGCUGCCUCCUGCGGGAGCAAGUUCCAUAGAUUAACGAUGUGCUGCGCAAAUGGUAAUAGAUGCGUGCAAUAGAUGGGCCACUUCUUAUGCUCUUCUGCAAGCAGGGGGACAAUUGUGGACUCCCUCCAGUGUUGCAGAAGAUGUGUCUAUGAUUGCCAGUUGCCGGAAAGCACAAAUCAGGGGAGUGUUGCUGUUGCACUCGGGUCCUGGAUUCCAGUUGGUGUAUCUGGCCAUAAUGCUGGACUGGAUGGUGCACACACACACGCACACCCUGCUCUUCGGCUCGAUCCAGCCACUACAGGUCUUUUACUGUGCUUCCUUCCCCUCCCUCCGCUUCUUCUGACCAUCCUCGUUCUCCCCCCCCCAGGGAAUUUCAAGCCCAGCGAAGGAGGCCAGAUCCUGAAGAAGUUCAGUUCCGUGGAAGACGCCUGCCUGGCAGAGCUGAUGGCCGACGUCCUGCGCCCCUUCGUGCCCGCCUACCACGGGGUGGUGGAGGUGGGGGGCGAACGCUACAUCCAGAUGGAUGACCUGUUGUGUGGCCUCGACAUGCCAAGCAUCAUGGACUGCAAGAUGGGCACCCGGUGAGAGCAGUACCUUUCUGGGGGGAGGGUGGUGGGCAUAGGAGGCUCCUUCAUCUCAGGUGAGACAGGAGGGGGUGAGGGGAGGGCAGAAGUCCCACAGGCACUGAAGGUGGCUUUGGGAUGGAGAAGAAGAUUUAUCCCAGGACCGUCUUCCCCACUGAGCAAAGGUCAUCACCAAAGACCAGUUUGUAUGGCACUUUUCCACAGUUGUAAGUCGCCUUGAGCAGAGUUUUAGCAUGCAGAUACAAUGGUACGUAAUCCGUUCCCAAAGACUGUUCGACUUCCGAAACGUUUGAAAAACAAGGUGCAAAGGGCAGCCAGCAAAUUCCAUUGAGAAAAUUGAAACACACGCAUUUGACUUCCGAGGUGCGUUCGGAAACGGAAGCAUUUGGGUUCUGAAACGUUCGGCAUGAAAGCAGCCAGAAGCAGUAAAUAAAAACACAUUGAAACGUAUGAUGCAGAAUUAAAGCAAUCCCCAUGCAAGUCACAAUCAGAUCGAAAGAUGCAAAUUAAUAAUAAUAAUAAUAAUAAUAUUAGCAAAAUUAAACAUCGCCAGAAUUAAAGAUCAACCCUUAUAAAAAAAAAAACAACCCUCUAAGCAAUACCCCCCCACCCCAAGAGCCUGGAGGCAUCCUGUGAAGCAGGUCCUGAAGGACUUGCAGCCAGGAUGGUCUCUGACUUCUUUGCCAGCCUCCGUUUUUGUAGCUGGAGUCAGUUAGAUGGAAAGAGGCUAGCAAGGCAGGGAUGGGUAAGGUCAUAGAAUCAUAGAGUUUAAGGGACCCUGAGGGCCAUCUAGUCCAACCCCCUGCAAUGCAGCUCAGUGUCAGCAAGGUGGAAUCAGAGGCUGUAGCUGGGUCGCCAGCAGUCAUCUGUGUUUCGCAUCUGUCUGUUGCAUAAGUGGGGUUUUUUUUUGGUGGUGCAGGCCUGCCGAUAAUAGCAGCCAGAUGUGGGAGACUGCAGAGCUAGUGUGUGGGUGAAUCACUAACCGGACAGCCCAGAGGGAUCUGCCUUGUACUGAGUCAGACCCUUGGGCCUAUCUAGCUCAGUAUUGCCUGCACUGACUUGCAGCAGUGGCUCCCCAGGGUUUCAGGGAAGGCCUUUUCUCUGCCCUACCUAGAGACACCACCAGGGAUUGCCCCUGGGGCCUUCUGCAAACAAAUCACUUUCCCUGACCCCCCCCCACAUUGCAGCCAGUCCCCCUCCUUGUCCAGCUCUACCACUCCUUAAGAAAAUAAGAAGAUCCAGUCCAGCUUCCUGUUCUCCCAUUGGCUGGCCAGAUUCUCAUUCGGGGAAGUCUGCAAGCAGGAGCCCAGCACGAGAACCCUCUCCCCUCUGGUUUUUCGGAAGCAGUGCUGCCUUCCUUGAACACCUCCUGUUUCUGCCCAGGACGUACCUGGAGGAUGAGCUGUCGGAGGCACAGCAGCGGCCAGCGGCACGGCGUGACCUGUACCAGAAGAUGGUGAAAGUCGACCCGCAGGCCCCCACUGCCCAAGAGCACAGCCAGGGCGGCGUCACCAAGCCGCGGUACAUGCAGUGGCGGGAGGGGAUCAGCUCCAGCGCCUCCCUGGGCUUCCGCAUCGAGGGCGUCACGGUGAGUGGCGGCGACAGCUGAGCAGAGAAACGAGGAGGCAGGAACUCCCGCCCAGUAAUGCAGGAAUAUGCAGCUGUCCCGUACGGGGAUCGAACCUGCAACCUUGGCAUUAUCAGCACCCCACACUAACCAGCUGAGCUAUCCAGCUGGUCCCAAUAAAAUAAUAAUAAUAAUAAUAAUAAUAAUAAUAAUAAUAAUAGAAAUUAUUUUUAUUUAUACCCCGCCCUUCCCGGUUCAAAGACCGGGCUCAGGGCGGCUAACAACAAAUUUAAAACACUUAAUUGUAAAAGCAGCAUAAAAUACAGUAUAAAAACAUGAAUAACCAUAAAAUCCAAAAUCCAGAAAUCAAUUUAGGGGAAAUAAGCAUUAGAUAAUCACCAGGGCUAGCUGGCUGAAUUGGUCCUACUUGGGCCAGCGUGGAGGCCGGGGGAGAAUUAGCUGUGGGGUCUCCAAGCGGGUAAUCUUCAUAAAAGGGGAGGGGGAGGAAAGAAAAGGGAACUAAAGAUCAGACUGAAUUCAAAUUAUUAUUAUUAUUAUGAAUAUGAGAACACCCCCCGCCCCAAUCUCUGUCUCCACAGAUCGAGGGGGGAGCCGUGCGGAGGGAUUUCAAGCAGACUCGCACCAAGGAGCAGAUUGUGGAUACUUUCCUGAUGUUCACCAAGGCCCGCCUUGACGUUCUGGUGAGAUUGGUUAGGGGGGACACAGUGGGAACAGGGGGCGAAAUCUCAGCCACUGGGUCCCCCCCCCACCUCGUUCUCUGUACCUGGACUGCUCAUUCUCAACCUGAAACAGAACUUCGCCAGAUAUUCACAGGAAUGUUGCCCACCAGCAUACUUCUGGUGCUUUUCAAGCAGUGAAGUAUAAACUUGACAGGUUUAGCACUUCACGACAACACCCCCGCCCCAUAAUUCAACAGCUCUGAUGGUGUUUCCUGCUUGGCAGGGGGUUGGACUCAAUGGCCCUUGUGGUCUCUUCCAACUCUAUGAUUCUAUGAUUCUAUGAUUCUAUGAGUUCCAAUGAGAGGAAUGGAGAUUCCGCAUUGGGAGAGCUGUGGCCCAGUCAUGCGGGAUGGGGGUGUGGGACUGGUCUCUCCCGUGUUUUGAAACAUCUGGCUUCUGUGUGGUGGGAAUGUAGCCUGCCAUACCAAGGUAGGCAUCACAGCUCUUGCCCCUCCCACUUUUUGCCCCCAGCCCCACCUAUUGUUCACGUGUGGCCCUCAGAAGUCGGCCCACAAGGACUUAGCUGAGAUGGCAAAGUUAACAUGUUCAGUGAGAGAAAAAUCAUUACUGACAUUCAUUGGGAUCCUCUUUUUGUGUGAAAGAGAAAAUAAACUUGUAAUAUCUGGAUUGGAAGAUGGGGAAAAUAUUGGCUUAUAGAAAAUACAGUAGUUGGAUGCUAAUGUGUGAAUACAGUCUUACCUUGGAAGUCAAACGGAAUCCGUUCCGGAAAUCCGUUCAACUUCCAAAAUGUUCGAAAACCAAAUCGCGGCUUCUGAUUGGCUGCAGGAAGUUCCUGCAGCCAAUCAGAAGCCGCGAAAGCCCCAUCGGGCAUUCGGGUUCCAAAAGAAAGUUUGCAAACUGGAAAAAUAACUUUGCGGUGUUUGGGAGCCAAAACAUCUGAGUUCCAGGGCGUUCAGGAUCCAAGGUACGACUGUACUAUAUUUAUGGUGUAUUAUAAAAAGAUACUAUUGGUAUGAACUUUGCAUAUCUUUUGAUAAGUAUGAAUAAAAAUAUAUAUUUUCUUAAAAAGAAGUUUGCCCAUGAGAAAAUAGGACCCUGGGACUGAAAAAGCAGCCCAUGUAGCAGAAACACAUUUAAAGUUAGACAGGUCCCUGUUCUAUUUCUGCCCUUGAAUUCCAUGCCACCUGUUGGCUUAGCCAAGGCUUCCAUGACCUGCCUCUCCUAGCAAGGGGCACAGGUGUAUAUGGGGGGGGGGCUUGGCCUUGAUGAGGGGGAUCCCAUCCAAAGCCUCAAUGCUCCCUCUUGCCUUGCAGAGCACAUACGCAGCCCGCUUGGAGAGCAUGCGCCAGGCGCUGGAGGAGUCUGCCUUUUUCAAGACCCACGAGGUGAGGCUGUCAGGGCGGGGGGAGGUUAAAUUGUUUGUUCAUUGUAUUUAUUUAAAUCCCACCUUUAUCUCCCAGGAGCUCAUGAUGGCAUACAUGAUUUCCGCCCAUUUAAUCCCCACAACCACCCUGUGAGGUAGGUUAGGCUGAGAGGCAGGGACUGGCCCAAAGCUUCAUGGUGGCUGAGGUGGGAUUCGAACCCUGGUCUCCCCUAGGUCCUAGUCUGCCAUUCUGAACAUUGGUUCUCAGGAAUGGGAGGCAGAGGAGAAAAAGGCCCUGCAAGUGUCUCUCUCUCCUGCACUUCCAAACAGUUGUUGGCUUAGGACCUGAGGGUUUGUCUUUAACUGUGACUGGGCUAGUUUGUUAUACUUUGUUUUUAGGCUUCUUCUUUUUUCUUUUUUGGUCCUCUUUUGAUUUCGAGUGUGCCUGCUCAUGUAGAAAAGCAGGGUAUAAAUUCACAAACACCAAAGACAGAUUGUUAUUUUUAUUGUUCCCAUUUAUUCUUAUACAGUGGUGCCUCGCAAGACGAAAAGAAUCCGUUCUGGGAGUCUCUUCGUCUAGCGGUUUUUUCGUCUUGCGAAGCAAGCCCAUUGAUGGGAUUAGCGGAUUAGCGCUAUUAGCGCUAUUAGCGGCUUUUAGCGGCUUUUAGCGGCUUUAGCAGCUUAUCAGCUUAUCGGAUAAGCAGAUAAGCGGCUUAGCGACUUAGAAAAGAGGGGAAAAGGAAAAAAAACCCAGGAACUCGCAAGACAUUUUCGUCUUGCGAAGCAAGCCCAUAGCAGAUUCGUUUUGCGAGGCACCUCCAAAACGGAAAACUCUUUCGUCUAGCGAGUUUUCCGUCUUGCGAGGCAUUCGUCUUGCGGGGCACCACUGUACUAACAACUAACCCUAAGCCUGUGGGAUCCUCCCUCCACCCUUCUAGGGGGAAGCCUCUGGAGAGGAAAGGGGGUGCAGAAUAUGACAAAAGGAUUCCCCCUCCCAUAGGCGAGGGACUCUCCCUGGUUGUGGGACAAAACCUAGGUGCUUUGUGGCUCAGUGUGAAGAUGUGGACAGGACCUGUGGCCUCUCUCCUUCCUCUUCAGUGGCUUCUCGCUUCCCUCUCCCUCAGCAGGCACUCUCUAGGGUGGGAUUGGGGAACCGGUGGCCUUUGAGACUAUAGCCAGACUACAACUCCCAUCACCCCUGAGCAAAAGGGCCCGCUUGUCCAGAGUCCGGAGAGCCACCAACCUAAACAGCUUUAAAAAGAGGUGUAGAGGAAUUAGACAAGGUUACACACAACAUUACAUCAGACUGCCUGGAUAGGAGGUGAAGCUGAACGUCAGGGGAUUCAGGGCAGGUCAAAGAAAGUCCUCCUUUACGCAGAACAGCGUUAAACUAUGGAACUCACUCCCACAGGAGGCAGUGAUGGCUUUAAAAGGGGAUUGGCCAAAUUCACAGGCUAUGCUUCUGAAUCGCAGUUGCUGCAAACCAUGGGAGGGGAGAGUUGCUCUUGAUCUCAAAUCCUGCUUGUGGGUUUCCCAUCAGUGCAUCUGCUUGGCCACUAUGAGAACAGGAUGGUGGGUCCGAAAUGGCCUGAUCCAGCAAGCUCUUCUCAGGUGCUUUUGGCACCCCAUCCCUGCCACAGAUGCAGCUCUUAAACCGACUUUAGCCGCAAUUGCCAAGGACAGGCCCUUCACAUUCCCAGCUCCUAAAACCGAGCCUGAGGGAACGGCUGCUUCCUUGGCGCCCUCCUUUCCUGUCACCUUGCCAAAGCUGUUGCGUUCGAUCCAGGAAGGUACAUCUUAAGAGUCUGAGCACCUCCAGGGCCGCCCUGUGGCUUGUAAAAUGAGAGGAGCUCUUGGCUCACACUCCUGGCGCAAACGCAGGUGGGGAGUGCCGGCAGGAACCAGGCCAAGGCAGGCCAGCGAAACACCAAGGGGAUGUUUGGUUUGCAGAAGUAGUGUGGGGGGGGGGUAACCCUAAAGGAACAGCCUCCCCUCCUCCAACAAACCAAGGAGGGCUGGGAUGAAAACCUGAACAAAGAUCUUACAAAAGAAGCAACUCUAGUACUCAAAUCUAUCACUGAUUUCAAGCCAGACUUGUUUGGUUUAUCAUCCUUUUUAUUUAGUUUGAUUUUUAAAGCAUUUUAAUUUAGCCCUAUUGAUUUCAGGGAAGAAUAGGCUUUUUAGCAGGGAGCUAUAGUUUUGUGGUUGUUUUAUUUCCUUGUGUUUUUAUCUUGCAUUAUUUACUUGUGUUUUUGUCUUGUAAUUUAUUCUGUGAACUGGCCUGAGAACUUGUGAUGCACAGUAUAAAAUUUUUAAUGGUUAUUUUAAAGUAGCCAGUGGGGUGGCGGGAGACAGAAAGGGAGUGCCCUGCUUGGAGGGAAGAGCAACUCUAGCAGGAGAGGCUGUUACAGGGCAGAAUUACCGUAGUUGCUUUAUGACUCCCAUCUUAGCUGAGAGGGGAAGGGGAAAGUGCUUUGUAUAUGCCCAGAGGAAACCCACCCUGCCUGAAGGCAACAGAGCCCAAUAUAAUCUUGUAGAAAACGGAUUUACAGGCAGGAUCCUGGGACUCUCAGAAUAGUCAGCCAGACCAGAGGGGCAAAACCCUCGCUCGGUUGCCGUCCCUCUGAGCUGCCCGCCCAAGGUUCCUAAAAAGCACUACUUUUUACACCCCUCAGGUGAUUGGGAGCUCCCUGCUCUUCCUCCACGACCGGAAAGGCCAAGCCAGUGUCUGGAUGAUUGACUUUGGCAAGACACUACCCGCCCCGGAAAACCUCCCCUUGCAGCACUGCGUGGUCUGGGCCCCCGGGAACCAUGAGGACGGCUACCUGAUUGGUCUGCAGCACCUCAUUGACACCGUGCAGGCCACUCUGCGGAAGGCGCAAGAACGGGGGCAAGCCCCGGCGCCCCCCGCCAACCCUUGAGCUUGCCUGGAGGACGUCCUCCGUUGGGCAAAUCUGGACGGGCACCCAACCGAAGGAGGGGAGAUCCCAAGGCUGUAUUAACUGUAACGGCAAGCACGCUGCAGAAUGGGGCCCCAGUGGGAUCCAGCAACGACGUUGCCGCACUUGUUGCCUGCCCCAAAGGAGGAUUAGCCUUCCCGCUGUCAGGAAAUAGCAGGGAGGGGAGCCGCAGCCUUCUGAGACCAGGGAGGAAGACCAGGAGCAUCUUGGGACACUCAGAGAUCAACGAGGGAGCGUGUAGGAACGCAGCAACACUCCCGAGGUCGGCACUGCCAUAGGAAUGGGCUCGUCCUCCCUCCAGUUCCCUUUGCUCCGGCUGGGAAGGACACCUGGGAGGUGCAGGGACACCUGAAGUGGACAGUGGCAGGAGUGGAUCCCAGGCUGGAGUGGGUGGGAGGCAGAGGCUGGUGCCGUAACCUUACAGCCAAGGGGAGCUUUGAGCUCAGACCACCCCCACCCCAUUUGUGGCACAUCACAAAGCUCAGGUGAGAGCCGGGUGGGAUGAAGGAACCCCAGCGCAUCCCUUCCCAGGCACACAGGUGCAUCUCUUAACAUGCAAAUGUCUUUCUCUCUGUGCAUUCAUAGAUUGAGACACACACCUGGGCAGUCAGGGGUCACCCAGGUAGCGGAGCCUGGGUUUCUGUGGAGGAAGGAGCAGAUUCUGCCCUGCAGGGUUGUUUCCAAGGCCCACAUGAACCCACAGCGGUCCUGAGCCCAGUGUGGGGCUAAGCGGGGGCACACUGGCACUCAACCGGAAUGGGUGGGAGCUGCAGGUAGGGCCUGUCUGGGAUCCAGUGGAGGCUGGGAAGGAGUCUGGACUUUUUAUUCUCCUCAAUAAAAAUAAAACCCUUUGCGUGCUUCUGGGCUGCGACCUACUCAGUCUCGGGCUGAGCCCUCAGCCCAUGACCAGCUACUCUGAAGCUUCUGUUUCCCCCAUAAGAAACAAAUUCUAUUGCAGUCAAACCUCUAGGAUGGAGAGGACUGCCUCACAGCCUCUGCCCCCUGCAAGCAAGCAAACAAGCAAGCAAGCAAACAAACAAGCAAGCAGCUAGGGAACUGCCUGGACAUUCCCUGCCAGCCUGCCAGUGAAUGGGGCUGGGUCAAGGUGGAAUUCAUAGAAUCACAGAACUGUAGAGUUGGAAGGGAUUCUGUGGGUCAUCUAGUUCAACCCCAUGCAAUGCAGGAACCGCAGCUACAGGAUCCCUGACAAAUGGCCACCGGAGCUGUGUUCAAAAUUCUCCAGUGAAAGAGAGCCCACAACCUCCCAAGGCAGUCCGUUCCAUUGUCAAAAAAGUACAUCCUGUCAGAAAGUACAUCCUAAUGUUCAGAUGGAAUCUGCUUUCUUGUCAUUUGAAUCCAGUAUGUCUGGGUGCUACCUUCUGGGGCAGCACUAAACAAGCUUGCUCCACCUUCUGUGUAGCAACCCUUCAAAUAUUUGAAGAUGGCUAUCCUAUCCCCAGGGACACAGGUGGCGCUGUGGGUUAAACCACAGAACCUAGGACUUGCUGAUCAGAAGGUCGGCGGUUCAAAUCCCCGCAACGGGGUGAGCUCCCAUUGCUCGGUCCCUGCUCCUGCCAACCUAGCAGUUCGAAAGCACAUCAAAGUGCAAGUAGAUAAAUAGGUACUGCUCCAGCGGGAAGGUAAACGGUGUUUCUGUGCGCUGCUCUGGUUCGCCAGAAGCGGCUUAGUCAUGCUGGCCACAUGACUCGGAAGCUGUAUGCCAGCUCCCUCGGCCAAUAAACUGAGAUGAGCACCGCAACCCCAGAGUUGGUCACGACUGGACCUAAUGGUCAGGGGUCCCUUUACCUUUAUCCUAUCCCCUCAGAGUCUCCUCCAGACCAAACAUCCCCAAUUCCCAUAAGGCUUGGUUUUCCAGGCCCUUGAUCAAUAGUCUCCUUAAAAUUGUGGUGCCCAGAACCGGACACAGGACUCGAGGCAGGGUCUGACCAAGGCAGAACAGAGCAGCGCUAUGUUACUGUUCUGUACUUUUCCUUCCAUGAAGGGAAGCAAGAUUCUAGUCCCUGUGGGAGCAUUGGAGGCAGGCCAAGCACCGCUUCCCCUUCUCUUUCCUCAUUCUUCUGUGAAGUGUUUUGCAACAUUGCCAGGGAGACUGGGCACAAACAGCACCCCGUUCCCAGGACUGAUGCCAGCGGACCUCUACGUUGGAGACAUCUCCUCCUCCUCUCCCACCGGCCUCCGAAGCCAAUGUCAAGUUCGGCAGAGGAACUGGGCCCAUCCCCACCCCUUUAAGCCCUGCAGAUUUUAACACCCCCGAUUCUUCACUGCUACCCAUCAUCUUUCCCUCCCCUCGCCCCCACUAACUCUUCAACAAGACUGGUUGCUAUGGAGAUGGUUUUCAUUUUCUAACAAGGUGAGAGAGGGUGGGGGGAAUAGCCACCCAGGGAGUGGGGAAGAGGGAAGUGGGGCCUAGCAGCAGCAGGCAAACAGUGAUUUGAGGCAGGGUGCUGCCCCAAGCAAGAAGGGGGGGGGAGAGACUGGGGUCCCAAUUCGCCAAUCUGCAAGUGUUACUCUUUUGGGAAAUGCCAGGCAUACCUAUUCAGAGGGGGCUGAAGAGGAGUUAAUGGAGGGGCCAGAAUUUUUCAAUUGUAUUGCAAUCUCGCCUUUCCCUCCAAGGGGUUCAAGGUGAUGCACGUGGUUCCCACUCAUUAAUUCCCACAACC